UCCUUUUGCUCAUCCUGCUCGUCAGUCGUCACCGUCCCUAUCUAUGCCACUUCACCCCACCUUCCCACUACCUGACGAGUCAAUCUCUGCUUUCGCCGGAGCAAUGUGCAGCGUGGUGGUCCUCGACAACGGCGGCGGCCUUAUAAAGGCCGGCCACGGCGGCGAUCUCGACCCCACCGCCGUCCUCCCCAAUUGCCUCCUCCGCCCCCUCUCCUCCAAGAAGUUCCUCCACCCCGACCCCCUCCACUCCUCCUCCGCCGCCGCCCUCGACCUCACCUCCGCCGCCGUCCGCCGCCCCAUCGAUCGCGGCUACCUCAUAAACGCCGACCUGCAGCGAGACAUUUGGGCACACCUCUUCGCUAACCACCUCCGCGUCAGCACGUCCUCCUCCUCCCUCCUCCUCACCGAGCCGCCCUUUACCCUCCCGUCCAUCCAACGCGCCACCGACGAGCUCGUCUUCGAGGAUUUCAACUUUAAGUCCCUCUACGUCGCCGACUCCGCUGCACUCGUUCAUCUCUACGAGGCCAGCACGAGCCCACAAGGGUUGGUCUCCAAGGCACAGUGUAGUCUUGUUGUAGAUUGCGGGUUCUCUUUUACCCACGCUGUGCCUGUUUUUCAGAACUUUACUUUGAAUUAUGGGGUGAAGAGGAUCGAUCUGGGCGGGAAGGCUUUGACGAAUUAUUUGAAGGAGUUGGUGUCGUACAGAUCGAUUAGUGUUAUGGAUGAGAGCUUUUUGAUGGACGAUGUUAAGGAGAAGCUAUGCUUUGUUUCCCUUGAUGUUGACCGUGAUUUGCAGCUUGCCAGGAAGCCUGGAUGGGAUAAUCUCUUUAGAUGCACAUAUGUUCUUCCUGAUGGAGUUUCACAUACAAAGGGCUUUGUGAAAGACCCAGAAGCAGCACGACGAUACCUCAAGUCGACAGAUGAGUCUCAUCUUAUAGGUGGAACAAUUAUUGAUGUUGAGAAGCCAGAAUCUGCGGAAGACAGAAAGAGAAUCGAUUUAACCAAAAAUGAGUUUGACCUGACAAAUGAGCGAUUCCUCGUCCCAGAGAUGAUAUUUCAACCUGCAGAUUUGGGAAUGAAUCAGGCUGGACUGGCAGAGUGCAUUGUUCGAGCUAUCAAUUCAUGCCAUCCACAUCUUCAUCCCGUUCUUUAUGAAAGCAUCAUAUUGACUGGUGGAAGCACACUUUUUCCUCAAUUUGCUGAGAGACUAGAAAGAGAACUCCGGCCUCUUGUUCCUGAUUACUACCAAGUUAAGAUAACAACUCAACAAGAUCCUAUACUAGGUGUGUGGCGAGGAGGAUCACUAUUGGCAUCCAGCCCCGAUUUUGAAGCUAUGUGCGUCACAAAAGCUGAGUAUGAAGAGAUGGGAUCUGCUCGAUGCCGCCGGAGAUUCCUUCGUUGAGCUGAAAUUGAACGUUUCGGCGUGCUUGAUUACUAUGAACAACCCAUUCAUCUAUGGUCCCUUCUCUGAGAAGACGUUGAAGGUAGGAAACUAGAAAAUCAGAGUCAAACAUACUGACGAUACUUGAGGAAUGGGCAUGGAGGGCAUGGACUGUCGAGGAUACAUCAUCUUAUUGUGGUUGAAUCUGUUUUCAGGUGAUUAUUGGAUAAGGUGGUUGAGGAUCUUUGUGGGUGCUGACAGCUGAUCGGAGCAGUUUACUCAUGAUGGUGCUGAGCUAGCCCAUAAUUCCCGCAUCCAACAUCCAGCAUUUCUUUGGAAUGGAGGAGGUGUUCAGAUCAAGCUCAAAAAGGGACUCUGGAUUCUGUAACUACCAGUGGAGCAACAUUUCAACUGGGUUGCUCCAGGGAGAGACGUUGUG